UCAAGGACAGGAGAGUCACUUUUCCCAUGACUUCUUUCCUCAUACCAGGUCUCAUGGAAGAGGAAAACCAGACAGGAGUGGUCCAGUUCCACUUCCACCCCUUCUCCACAGACCCAGCGGUGGUUCCCCUCCUAUUUGUGGCCUUCUUGCUGUUGUACUUAGGAAGUCUUGUUGGAAACAUGACCAUUGGGCUGACGGUCUGGAGAGAUCACUCCCUCCAUACCCCGAUGUACUUCUUCCUUUUUGUUCUGGCCGUGCUGGAGAUCGGCUACUCUACCAACAUUGCUCCCCUGACUCUGGCUGGCAUCCUUUCCAUGGGGCGGAUGCUUAUCUCUCUCCCUGGCUGUGGGGCCCAGAUGUUCUUGUUCAUCCUUCUUGGCGGGUCUGACUGUGUCCUGCUUGCUGUCAUGGCCUACGACAGGUACGUGGCAAUCUGUCAUCCGUUGCACUACAACCUCAUCAUGAGUUGGGAGCUCUGUGGGCAGAUGACUUUGGGCUCGUUGGGGCUGGGAUUCCUGUUGUCACUGCCCUUGACCAUUCUGAUCUGCCACCUUCCAUUCUGUGGCCACAAUGAGAUCCACCACUUUUUCUGUGACAUGCCUGCAGUCAUGCGCCUGGCCUGCACAGACACCCGCCUGCAUGAAGCAACUCUCUAUGCCCUCAGCGUGGUGGCUGUGGCUGUCCCCUUCCUCCUCAUCUGCCUCUCCUAUGGCUGCAUCGUGGCCACCAUCCUGAGGAUGAAUUCAGCUGAGGGAAAGCGCCGGGCUUUCUCCACCUGUUCCUCCCACCUUAUCGUCGUUCUCCUGCAAUAUGGGUGUUGCAGCCUCAUCUACCUUCGCCCCAGCUCCAGCUACUCCCCAGAAGAGGGCCAGGCAGUGUCCGUUGUCUACACCUUUUUCUCCCCAGUGCUAAACCCCUUGAUCUAUAGCAUAAGGAAUCAAGAGGUGACUGAUGCAAUAAGGAGACUUAUGGCAAGAAUGUGCUGGGUCAGGAGACCAGAAAUAUUUCUUCCUAGAAAAAAUAUUCCCCAAACCAGGAAUAAGGGCAUGAUGUAAAGGACAGGAAAACUCCAAAGCUAAAAGGAAGGGGUGGAGAAAUAACUGUCUCCAUGGCUCUCUCAGCCUUGCAAAAUGCUCUUCAGUGUGAGUUCCUCUGCUUUUUAGUGGCGUCCAGUGAGGAAGCCCUGGAUUGACCCUGCCCACUUAGCCAGCCUCGUCCCUCAUAUGACUUAGAAUAAGGACUGGACAGGAGUGUCAGUGAAGAAAAGGAUGAAUGACUGGACACACAGGGACACAGUUGCAGUUGAUAUAAUGGAUGCUGGCCUGUUACCUAUUUGAAGAGCCUACCUCCCUGACAGAUGCAGGCCCAAUGGAGUCACGUAUUCAAAUAUCUUUUGACCCCUCUCUUUGCCUGCUCAAGUCCCACCGCCUUAAUA